AUGUCUCAUGUACAGGAAUCCACGUCAUCUGACAGUACACAAGAAAAACAAUUUUUUAACGCUCAGAGACAAUUAAAGUACAAAACACUUGAUGACAGAGCCAAAAUUGUCAAGGAGAUAAUGAAAUCUGAGGAAGGUGAUCGAAAAGAGAAACUUCGCCUUACCUUCUUUGAAUUCUUCGACGAAGAUUUCAGAAAAUCAAGAAAUAUUACGUCAGAGCAUGAGGAAGAGUGUCAAUAUGAGACAAAUGUAUACGAAAUGAUGAUCCUUUUCAUUUCAAGUAUUCCGGAUAGAAAGAAAGAAGCGGGAAAGAAUGUAACACAAUGGUUUCUUGAAAGUUUUAUGAAUUGGAUAUCUUCAAGAAACAUUGGAGAGGAGUUGAAAAACACUCAACUCACGGAAAGAACGAAAGAAAGUUCAAAGAAAUGUUGUGUCAGAGAACCAGCAUUUUCGGAUUCUCUGAGAAAGAUUUUUGAUUAUUCGGAGGACGAUAUUUUGGAUAAACGAGAAAGAAUGAUCAAGGAAAUGUUCGAAAAUCAGCAGUACAAGGAGGCAUCUGAAUUGAUUAUUAAACAUGGAUUAGUGGAUGAAUACACUUUCGAACAACUUGUUCUCCCCCUCAUUUUAUGUGACAAGUGUCAGAUUGUGGACGAAUUAUUGAAAUUGAGUCCUAGAUUUCAAAAAGAUUAUCUGAAGUUUCUUGAUGGAUUCGUCGGUAAAACUGAUGAAGUUGUGGACUCAUUCUUCAAACCUUAUGAACAGAAAGGAAUGGUGAAAAUAAAUUUAAAUCGAUUCCACGGAAAAUCUUUGACCACUUUCAUCCAAAAAUUCUUCAAUGGAAUCGCAAAACAAUGUCAUUUUGAUGUGGACGAACGUAGGGAUACUCCGUUUUUCGAGGCUUAUAUGAAAGGAAAAGCUCUGAAAUAUUACUGUAUGCAGAGAUUUGAGCUGAAAGUGAUGGCAGAUGAAUUGUAUUUUGAACACACGAAAAAUACAUUGAAGCAAAGUCCAAUUGACACAGUUUUCUACUACUUUGGUCUUUUAUGGGAUUCCGGAUUUGUCGAGAGAAGAAUCGAAGCUCUCUUCUGGAUUCGAUAUUUGAAUAUUCCUACAAAUACUCAUCAACUUCCAUACGGAAUUGGACAGUUCUACAGGAAUCCUGAUCCAAAAUUAACUGCAGAAGUUGAGAGACUUUUGGCUCUUAGAACCGAAAUUCCUCAAACAGAGAUCACUGAACAAUUAUUUGUUUAUGAAAAAGAACAGAAGUGUCCGAUUACUAUUGUGAAAAAUGGGGAAGAGUUAGAGGAAUUGUGUAGAGAAUUGGAUACGGUAGAAGAAGGAACAUACAUUGGGUACGAUUCAGAAUUCAAACCAGGACAUUUAACGGAUUCGAGUAUCUCUCGAAUGGCUACUAUCCAACUUUUCUUCAACGAAAAAGUAUUUUUGGUUGACUGCGUUAUUUUGGAAAAGAUAGAUAUUUCGGAGGGAAUGUGGAAAAAGUUUUUCGAAAGUCUAUUCCAUUCGAAAAAGCUCACUGUCAUUGGGUUUGAUAUGAAGAAUGAUAUGGAGGCACUGUUCACAGUCCGACCAAUUAGAGAUGACUUCAGACAAGAAGAUGUCAAAAAUUUCAUUUGCGUCAAGAGAUUUGUGGAAAUUCUGAAUGAAUACGAUGCGAGUAUUCUGAGUUUAACAAAGAAAUCGUGUCGACUGAUUACUCUAGUUGAAGAACUUCUUAAUCUCACCAUGGAUAAAACUGAACAAACAGGAAAUUGGCAAUGCCGGCCAUUACGAAAGAAUCAAAUUGUAUAUGCUUCACUUGAUGCUGUCAUAGUUUUGGAUUUGUUUCGAAAAAUUUUUGAAAUUGUGAAACAAUAUGAAAAGCAAGUUGAAAUCGACAAACUACUUGACGAAUCUCGGAGUUUUGUGACUGUGAAAAAAGAGAAAGUCAAAAAAGAAACGAAAGUACUCACUGCAUCCCCAUGGGAAAACAUGUAUGAGAUUCUGCGCGUCCAUCGAGAUCCUACGAAACCUCUUCAAAGACCAUCAGAACUGAAAAUCAUCGUGGAUACAAUGGUUCUGGGUACUGGAAAAAACUUACGACUUCUCGGAAUCGACGUCUUCAUUCCGCGUGAUGCUAGUGAGCUCCAGAAGUACCUUCUGGGAAUGAAGACGUUUGCAAAUGAGCAACGAUCGAUUGUAACGGUUCCAUCGAAAAGUUACGAAGCAAUGAAAGCAGAGAAUCCAAAUGCUCACUUCAUUCUUCUUCAGGAUGUUUAUAAUAAGCAAUGGUUGGAUCUGGUCACAGAUUUUUUGGAUCAAUUUAAUCUCGAUAUCAGAAAAGAAGACGGAUUAAAACGAAAAUAA